UUUUUUCAAACUAUGGCAGAAGUUGCCGGCGUUUUCUACUGCGCUAAAUAUAAUACGCGCAGUUCGGUCGCCUGAAAAUUUAGAUAGUUCUCUGACUCUAUAAUAAAUUCUCUCUCUGUCUCUCUCUAUAAUAAGUGUGGAUUUGAUCGAUGAACUCCUUCACGCCUCAGUUGUGCAUUCAAGUCAACAUUGAUUUACGGAUUGGCGAGUAAAUUUGUUGGAGUGGUGAAUUGUGAGGAUACGGACGCGGUCGUCAUCAAUGCAUCUUUAAACUCGUUUUCGGUCUGUGUGUUGCGCCAGUUUUCGGUUUUUUUCAGGAUUUUCGUGGAAGCGUAUCGCCGGUGAUUGAAUCCAUCGCGGGUCGAGUUUGGAGGGGGAUUGAGGUCAAUGCUGUGUAGAUGUGAAAUUGAGUUCAUUUUGAAAUGGUAUUGAAAAUUUGAGACUCUUCCUGUCAGUGAUUUGAGAUCUGUGCAUUCUCCACUUUUCUUCUGAAGUGAUUGAUUGGUCUUGCGGGGGUGUAGGCUUGUUGAAUUCAGGAACUGAGUUUCCGGAUAUUCCGGUAAUUGUAAUUUUAUCACCCCUUGAAAAUUGAAGGAGCGGUGCUUGGUGAUUGAAAAAGAAAUUAGACUGAUUGAGGGGAUCUCAAGGAAAGUUGGUGUUUAUUUGGGCGGGGAUGUCAAAUUCCAAGGUAGUGUAUGAAGGAUGGAUGGUCAGGUAUGGACGCAGGAAGAUUGGAAGAUCUUUCAUUCACAUGCGUUAUUUCGUGCUUGAGUCCAGAUUGUUGGCCUAUUACAAGAAGAAACCCCAGGACAAUGUGGUGCCCCUCAAGACUCUUCUCAUAGAUGGUAACUGCAGGGUGGAAGAUCGAGGAUUGAAGACACAUCAUGGACACAUGGUUUAUGUUCUGUCUGUUUACAACAAGAAGGAGAAGUACAAUCGAAUGACGUUCCAGAUGGCAGCUUUCAACAUUCAGGAAGCACUCAUUUGGAAAGAAAAAAUCGAAUCUGUGAUUGACCAGCAUCAGGAUUCACAAGCUGCUAAUGGGAACAAAUACCAAUCCUUUGAAUAUAAAUCUGGUAUGGAUAAUGGGAGAACUGCUUCAUCCUCAGAUCAUGAAAGUCAGUUUAGUGCAGCAGAGGAUGAAGAGGAUUCCAAUCCAAAUUUGAUGCGCAGAGCGACUAUUGGAAUUGGCCCCCCAGAGUCUGUUUUUGAUUGGACAAAGGAAAUAGAUUCUGAUUUGGCCAAUCAGAAUUCUAACAACCAGGCAUUUUCAAGAAAGUAUUGGCGACUUCUACAGUGCCAGAAUGGGCUUCGGAUAUUUGAGGAACUUCUUGAAGUGGAUUUUCUUCCAAAAAGCUGUAGCAGAGCAAUGAAAGCUGUUGGGGUAGUGGAGGCUAGCUGUGAGGAAAUAUUUGAACUUGUUAUGAGCAUGGAUGCAACACGAUUUGAGUGGGAUUGCAGUUUCCAGUAUGGUAGCUUAGUUGAAGAAGUGGAUGGGCAUACAGCUGUAUUGUAUCACAGGCUUCAGUUGGAUUGGUUUUCAGCGUUUGUAUGGCCUCGCGACCUCUGUUAUGUGCGGUACUGGCGUAGAAAUGAUGAUGGAAGUUAUGUCGUGUUAUUUCGUUCUAGAGAGCAUGAGAAUUGUGGUCCUCAACCUGGUUUUGUGCGUGCUCAUAUUGAAAGUGGCGGAUACAAUAUUUCACCUCUGAAACCUCGUAAUGGGAAGCCCAGAACACAGGUGCAGCAUCUCAUGCAGCUUGAUCUUAAAGGCUGGGGUGUGAAUUAUGCUUCAUCGUUUCAGCAACAUUGUCUUCUUCAGAUGUUAAAUAGUGUUGCUGGAUUGCGAGAAUACUUUUCUCAAAGUGAUGAAAGGACUGCUGCUCCUAGAAUUCCUGUAAUGGUCAAUAUGACAUCAGUAUCCAGAUCAGGAAAGAAGAGCCAGAAACUACAAUCAUCUUCUAUUCAUCUUCAUAGUUCCUCACUUGAUCAGAUGAACGCAGCAAAUAAAAAUGCCAUAUUGAUGGAUGAAUAUUCUGAUGAAGAUGAAGAUCUUCAGUAUGCUGAACAAGAGACUUUGCCAUCCUUGAAUGAGGUUGAAGAUAAACGAAUUGAAGAGCCACGAAUAGACAUGACCAUUUUCUCGGGUAACCUUCGCUGUGAUGAUGAUAACAAGGCUCGUGACUGUUGGACAUUAUCUGAUGGAAACAAUUUCAGAGUUAGAAGCAAACGAUUCUGUUACGACAAAUCGAAGAUUCCUGCAGGCAAACAUCUUAUGGAUCUUGUUGCUGUUGACUGGUUCAAAGAUACUAAAAGGAUGGAUCAUGUUGCCAGGCGUCGUGGUUGUGCGGCACAAGUUGCAUCAGAGAAAGGACUUUUCUCUAUUGUUUUCAAUUUACAAGUUCCUGCAUCAAUGCACUAUAGCAUGGUGUUUUAUUUUGUAUCCAAGCAAUUGGAGCAAGGAUCUCUCUUGCAGCGGUUUGUUGAUGGGGAUGACGAGUUCCGCAAUAGUAGACUGAAGCUUAUUCCAUCAGUACCUAAGGGUUCUUGGAUUGUACGCCAGAGUGUUGGCAGUACUCCUUGUCUGCUAGGGAAGGCAGUUGAUUGCAACUAUAUCCGUGGUCCCAACUACUUAGAAGUUGAUGUUGAUAUUGGUUCCUCUACUGUGGCUAAUGGUGUUCUUGGGCUUGUAAUUGGUGUGAUUACAACACUUGUGGUUGACAUGGCUUUCCUUGUACAGGCCAACGCCAUUGAUGAGUUGCCAGAGCGACUAAUUGGCGCUGUCAGGGUUUCCCAUAUAGAAUUGUCAUCUGCUAUCGUCCCAAAGCUGGAGUCGGAUCCUUCGGACUCAGUCGAAAAAUAAUGGGUAUCAGUUACACAUUCGUUCAAUACUCUUGUUUAAAUAUAUGAGCUGCAUUCGUUCAUACCUUUUUAACUCUGAAUGUAGAGAGAUGAUCAUUCUUUACAUUUGAGCAAUUAAGCUCUUCGCUGUGAAAUGCAGCUUCUUGGUUUUACACUUUUACUAUAUAAAUUUAGUAAUUCGUUCACUGUC